GGGAUUUGUAGUUCUCAAUCUAUCCAGAGAGGUUUGCAGCUCUUGAGAGCACGGAAGAAGAAUUUGACAUUUAGCAUGAGUAUACCCAAGAAAAUAUUUAAAACAGAGCAAUUCCAAAGACAUUGCUGUGUCCCGUUUUGUUCGGCUUCCUCCAAAUGUAAUAGUUUUCAUUCUUUUCCUACCGAUUCCGACUUGAGAAAACAAUGGCUGAUAAACAUACGGCGUGAUCCAUACACAGUUACCGCUCACACCAAAGUUUGCAGCGGACAUUUCACUUCUGAUCAGCUCAUAGAGCCAAGCAUCUCUGAAAGGUGGUCGGAGGCUGGUUAAAGGUGCUGUACCAACAUUGUUUGAAUGGAAUAUCUGUGAAGGUAAAACAGAACCACCGCCUCCUCUACAGGUACAAGAAUGGCCCAGUUUACAGAAGGACCAUAAUUACUGCUUUAUCCCCGGGCCCCCUGCAAAGAAAAGGUCAUCAUCUUCUAAAUUGGACAUGUCAAUAUCAGCAACAGAAGACCAGUCUAAAUACGUGAAGAACCUGAGGAAAAACAUUUGGGAGCAAUUUAUCAAGCAAGAGUUUUGUUUACAACGGUUUGCAGGCUCUGAUGAAGACAUCCAGUUUUAUACCAGAUUUCCAAGCUACAAACAUUUGAUGGCAUUUUGGUUCUUGAUUGAGCCUUGGAUUCAUAAAAUGGUCAGGAUGUCAAGAGCUAAAUUAGCUGCCAAGGGAAAUGAAGAAAUGAUGAUCUCUGCAUCAGAGAGGCAGCAUCUUCAACCUGUUGACGAGUUCUUUCUUUUCCUCAUUUUUCUGUCACUUGGUAUGAAAGAAAGGGACCUUGCAAUUCGAUUCAACACUCACCAGUCCAUCGUGAGCCGCAUUAUUGCAAUGUGGACAAAUUUUCUUUUCACUGUUCUGGGGUCUCAGUGCAUCUGGCUUACACGGCAGAAAGUCCAAGCUUAUCUCCCUGAGGAAUUUAUGGAUUUCCCUGACACCCAGGUGAUCCUGGACUGUACAGAGCUGAUGUGUCAAAUGCCAUCUUCACCUCUUCCCCAGAGGGACAUGAACCCCUCUCACAGCUCCCUCUGCACUAUGAGAGCCUUGGUUGGCAUAGCUCCACACGGUGCUGUAACAUUCAUCUCUGAUCUAUAUAGAGGUUCAUUCAGUAUUAGCGAGCUAUUCAAACGCUCUGGCAUUGCUGAAAACUUGACCGAAGACAUGGCAGUGAUGGUAAAUAAGGGCUUCCUGAUUAGGGAUUGUUGUGAGUGUAAAGUGUACUCCCUUUCUUUUCUGUCCAAGCACCCAGGAGACCAGGCCACAGCAAGACUCAAAAUGCAUGUGGAGCAAGUCAUUGGGAGGGUAAAACAGAAUAAACUUUUUCAUGGCAUUGUCUCUCUGUCACAGGCCUACAGCAUUAACCAGCUGUUUGUAGUUGCAUGUUUGCUGUCAAAUUAUCAGAACACUGCUUUAGUUAAUAAAGUGGUUCAUUGAGGAUCUGUGGGCUUAAGCCACAAAAUGACCACAAAGAUUUGAUCUACGAAGUUGUGAAAAAAACUACUUGCAACAGAUAAAUUUCUGUCGCUUGAGUUGAAAGCAGACAAGAAAACUGAUUCUGUUGUGCUGCUAAAUUAGUUCUUGAAAGAUAGUUGGAACUCAUUCUGUGUUGAGAAAUGCUUUAUGUUAGAUAUGGUUUUGCAGUUUGGCAUUGUAUUCUUCACUAAGUUUGACUAUUGUUUGAAUUAAACUAGUUUUUAUGUUUUGAAUUUGAAGCAGACUGAUGUGAAUUGGAUUUAUUUCAUUAAAGUUUUGGUUGCUGAAUUGGAAUAUUUGAUAGAAAUUCUAUACUUGUCUUGUCAAAUGCAUUGAGAUUAUACUACAAAAAAGCUAAAUAAAAAAUACUGUACUAAGGUAAUUGAAAUAAUUUGUAAAGUUCAUCUCUUAAAAUCCUGUGUUUAACUGCAGAUCCAUGUUUUGUCAUCAACGAUCAUAAAUAAAAAUAUGUAGCAUAAAAUAAGUGAUUUCAUAAAUAUUCACUUACUGAAAGUGACUGACCUAAUUCAACAGAGGUCCAAUUGGCCCAAUUGGUGCUAGUAGUCUCACAAUGAGAGAAAUGGAUAUCACCUGAUUGCUGUGAUUGUAUCUCGAGUCAUUGUAAUAGAAAGGAAUCUUUUUUCACUUUGACAUUAAAGUUGUUUUUUUUUUUUUUGUUUUUGUUUUUGUCACAAAAGCCAAAUUUCUUUGAGUCAAAUUUUAUAGCUUUCUAAAAGUAAUAAAAAUGGAUAUAAUAUUCAAAGAGGUGAAUACUUUUUAUAGGCACUAAAAGCUUUGGGGUUUAUCUGAUUAAAUGUACUUAAAUUAAAAGGUGUAAAUUGUAUUUACAUAAGUAUUUUGUUGGUCUCACAUAACUGCAUGAUUAAUUCAGUGGCCUACACAACAUGUAAAUCCAUUUCAAGCUUCUGAAGCUUUGCUUCAAACAUAUUUUUAGCAUUGUUUUGGUGACUAACACACCCUGCAAACAUAUGAAACACAUUUGUUAUUAGUGCUGUCACUGUUUACAUGUAAAAAUUGAAUAUGCAGAAAAUUCUCGUGCUGAGUUUUGCAUAAUAAGCAGUUCCACUGUGUGAAACAGUACCUGCUACCUAACGAGAUUAAUCAAAAAGCUUAAGCUGAAAAAAAUUAGGAUGUAGAUUUUAAAUUUAACAUCACCUUCAUGGAAAGAACCCAAUAGGAGCAUGGUUCAGUGCCAUGGUUACUGAUCCAUCUUUUGAAAAAGAGACCUUUUGUUUAGUGUGCCUUCAAACCGCUACUACAACAAUUUUGAUGAAAUAACCUUAAUAACUGCAAUACCAAAUUGAUUUAUGUGGUCAGUAUGAACUUUAAAUUAAAAAAAUGUUGUCAUUUAUGAAAUUAUUCAAAUGGUUAGACUUGAUAUGUUUUUAGUUACGUUUUUGACAAUGCUCCACUGACUUGAACCCCAUGAAUGGGACAAACAACUUCUCACAUCUACACAUUUAGUGUGUGUGGUGACUCACUUUUCCUCAUUGUCCUGCAGCACUAUGUUCUCACUGACUUCUCCUGAAAAAAAACUAUUUUUAGUGAACACUGAAUAAAAUCACAAAUACAAGUCUCAUUAGGAUUGUUUCUGCUUCUGGGGCCAUGACCCCAGUCAUGUAAUGAAAUCCCAAGUGUAAUCUUAAGAUCAUUUUAAAAACCAUUUGUUAGAAGGCAAACUGGAGAAAAUAGUAAACACUUAGAAAACACGGCCAGAAGUAACUGUCCAAAUAUUGGCACAUAUGCAGUCUGUCAAUUAUGGCUGCAUGAUAUUAGAAGAUCAUCCACUGAGAACAUUGUUUUUAAAUAUUAUGAUAAUGAUGAUGCCAGUCGCAAUACAUUUGAAUUUUGUCCACUCCUGCCUUUCCCUGAUCUAAAUCCCAUAGUGAAUCUGCAGAAUAUUGUCAAGAGGAAGAUAAAAAAAAAACCAGAUGCGACAAUGCAGAUAAGCUGAAAGCCACUAUUAAGCAAUCUGCAGUGGGAGUUCUUGCCACAGGAGGCCAACUCUUAUAUUGGGUGAAUAUAAUGUAGAGUACCAGGACAUACUUUUCUCUAGGCAGACAUUUCUGUUUUGAAACCCCUCUUCUUUGUAUCUUUUUGUAAUACAAACUUUUAAAAACCUGAUUUUUUGUUUUUGUUUUUUGUAAAUUAUAAUCAAAAUAAUAACGAAAGUAACAGAAAUAGAACUGUUAAAUCAGGUGUGUCCAUCCAUCCAUCCAUUACUCUGUGUAUCUACAUGAAUUACUAAAGUAAGCUUCCAAUGUACCAUCACAAUAAUGUUUUAGAUUCUAUUUGUGUUUUAGUUUCUAUAUGCUUUAAAAAAUAAAUAAAUAAAUAUGAGGAAGUGAACACAUAGCCUAAACUAAAAGCAGGCAGUCUCUGUAUCUCAGGUCAGGGCAAAAAACAGGCAAGACACUAUUGGAUAUUUUUAAAAGGACAUUUUCCUCGUCAACUUACAUAGAAGGCUACUUACUCAUUCUCAUCACAAAAGUACAGGAACAUACGGUUUAAACUUUAAGGCCCCCGAUUUAUGUGACAACAUGACCGUUUCUUUCUGAGAUAUCUUUCUCUUUCAUGUUGAAUAAAUAUCAGGGAUUUAAAUUAAAUAUUUUAGUUUUAAGAAAAGGGAGAGAGACAAACCAACAACUAAGUUCUUCUCUUGGCAGGGGAUAUUGGUAUUGCUACCACCACCUACACUGGACGGUUCCAUACUAGGAAAACAUUCAAAGCGGCCUAUGAUGUGCUCUUCCAUUUAAUCUGGGAUUUAUUUGUGGUUGGCUAAGCAUCAAUAUAUAUUCAUAUUUAUACAUAUCCACACACAGUGUAUAUUGAUGAGCACCACAGGUUUUAUCUUUUCCAGUGGAAUCCAAAUGUGACCAAGAUACAGCGCCUGUGUCCAGGAAGCAAUAAAUAGUUUAUAUUUCCCAGGAAGAAGGAAAUCUUCCACCUCCAGGAAGAGAAAAAUAGGCAAGUGGUUUUAAAUUAAGCCUGUUUAAAUGGUGUUCUUAGUGACAUUUGCACUAAGCAUAUAAUACAAACUGACAAGACUUUAGGUAACAGUAUUAGGUGUCAAAUUUAUGUUAUUGGAGCUGAGAAUGUGAGAUCUCAUAGUUUGGGUCGUUUAUGUUUUCUACAUAAAUGCAGUUUUAAAGCCUUGUUCAAAUCAGUUCUCCAUUUUCAGAAUCUUUCAGGAUCAACCCAGGCACCAAGACUAUACUUCAGAAGAUAAAUAUAUUUAGCAUUAAAAGUUAGUCAUGCUAGUACUCUUGUGCUAAUUAUGUUUUCUUAUUAAAAUGUAAUACUUCUAACAUGCCAACUAAGCAAAGUAAGCCAGUCUGACCUAAUAAAUGAAGAAGUAAUUAUUUCUAUCAUUAAUUUUUUGCUCUUUGUUUUCACACGUCUUAGAAAAUACUCCAAGAUGCAAUUUUCUUGUGUUUGCCUAUCUCUUUGCCGGCCACUCAAAGUCUGAAUUGUCACAACAGCUGAACAGAUGGUCACUUGUCCUGAUCCUGGUUCUGUUGGAGGUUUUUUCUUCUUAAAAUUGAGUUGAUUCUCUUCACUAUCCCUUAGUGCUUGCUCCGGAUUAGUUAGACCAUGGAAGUAAGAUUUCAAUGCAAUCUGAUGGAUUUGACAUUUAAUGAUCCACUGAAUCUGGCUGUAGUAAUGUGAGUCCACUGCCUUGCACUGUACAUAACAGGAUUUAAAUUGGGCCUAUAAUUUGCUUUGACAUGACUAAUCUUAACUAGAGCAAUAUAAAUUAAUUUAAUUGGGAAAAGACAAGCAAAUGUGCUGGACGGUUAACACUUUUAUUGCAAGAUUAAAUAUCAAGAUAAAUACUUUCAGUUAAAUUUUAAGGUCUUGCUUAAAAAAACAAUUUGCUUGUCUGCACUAGUAAAAUACUGGCAGUAGUUUUAUUGCAUUUCAUUUUCACACAGUCAUGUUUAGAAGUUGAUGAACCCCUGGUAGAAUACAGGUGACAGGCAAGACACUGAUGAAGUGGAGUUUAAUCAAGCAAA